AGAAUGGAAACUGAAACUAUUCUUCAGGCAGCCUGGGUGGCUUGGAAGCUUCCGGGAGCGUCUGUCCUCUGGAUUCCGUGCUCUGAGUUCCUGCCGAGCAGUCUGGCUGCUCUCAGCAGGCAGCAGAUCCUGGGCAGGCUCCGGCUAACCGCUUUCGCACAACCUGGUGUCGCACCUGCUUGAACGGAAGGUCUCCUCCAGGGCUGAGCAAUUCUGCCAGACCCUGGGCGCUCAUUCUGGCUGCUUGACAUUUGCCAUCUCCUUUAUAAUGACCAUUUAGAGGAGACAAAGUAAAGGAUAAUUGCAUAAUUAAUAUUUCUCAAUUAAGGUUGGAGAUAGCAGCAAGAAUGGAGGAACGUUACACAGGAAUUUUAGAGGAAAUGUCAAAAUUAAUCUUGGAAAAUAUGCCAAAGGCUGACUAUUCCAGUUUAUUCAAUGAUUUUGUUGAAUCUGAGUUUUUUCUGAUUGACGGAGACUCCUUACUUAUCACGUGUGUAUGUGAGAAGUCGCUUAAGCCUGGGCAGAGUCUUCAUUUCUUCUACUUGGUUGAGCGCUACCUGCUGGAUGUCAUUGGCAAAGGAGGGCAUUUUGCCAUAGUUUUCUUCAAGGAUGCUGAAUAUGCAUACUUCAGUGUCCCUGGACUUCUUACACUGAGAACUGCUUUAAUUACACACCUUCAGAAGAAUACAGCCAUUGAUGUUUGGACUGAAUUUUCUGGAUGCUUGUCAGAAGAGUGGCGUAUUACCUUAAGUCAGAGUUGCCCUUAUUUCUUGAUUCUUGCUGAUGAAGGCCUGAACAACCAGCAGACACACCUUUUCAACUUUUUAGUCAUUCAGUCUUGGGCAGCAAAGGUCAACAUCGCGCUCUUCUCAGGGCAAACAUCUGACAUCAUCCGUCUUUAUGCAUAUUUUAUGCAAAGCUCAUAUUCAAAGCAGCUGUUUUUCAAGCAGUUUGAGAGAGAGAUUACGAUGGGUUACAAAACCUUGAUUAAACAGUUAGAAAAAUAUAGAGACCUGGAUUUAACAACUCUAUUUGGAGAUUUGACAUUCAAUAAUAUGGUGGAAAAGGCUUGUGAGACGAUGUCUCUGCUCAAGCAACUCUGGCCAGAAGGCUCUGACAUCCGGCGAGCCCUUUGCGUCACUUCGUGCUCCCUCUUCUUGGAAAUGUACCACUGCUUCUUAGACAACAGAGUGAAGAAAGCCUCCAAGCAGACGUGCAAAGACAAACAGAAAAAGGGUAGUUGUUUAACCCUGAAGGACGUGGAAGACUUCUGUAAGCUCCAUUGCCUCAGUGUGGUUUUUCAACUCCACCUACCUCUUUCCCAGAGAGCCUGCUCAAGAUUCAUCACUUCUGAUUGGAUUAAGGACCUCAAGACUGUGUUUAAAAUGAAACAGUGGUGCGAAUAUUUCAUCCUAAGUAAUGUGCACAUGAUUGAAUUUUGGAGUUUGGAUUUACUUCACCUUUCUGAUUUAAGUGAUGAGCCUUUGUUGAAGAAUAUUGCUUUUUACUAUGAAAAUGAAAAUUCAGAAGGCCUGGAUUUGAAUAUAGAAGAUGUCAUCAUGAAGGAGUAUGUACAUCUCUGGGACACAGUGUCAAAGUUGGUGGGAAAUUUUGAAGUGGGAAAUUCAUUUCCUUUGAGAAAAACAGAAUGUCAUUUUCUUAAAAAGACACCAUCACCAGUCAAAGAAAGUUCCCAGAAAAAGAUGCCAAAUUUGGGUUUUAUUCCAAUGUCAUGUGCUUUGGUUGAUGAAUUUACUGGAGACAUUUUGAAAGACUUGCCUUUCCUAAAAAGUGAUGACCCCAUUGUUUCCUCGCUGGUUAAGCAUAAGGAAUUCGAUGAGCUUGUGCACUGGCAUUCCCACAGACCUCUCAGUGAUGACUAUGACAGGACUAAGGCCAAUUUCAAUGAGCAUACAAAAGACCCCCGUUAUCUUAGAAGUGUGCAGAAAUAUCAUGUUUUUCAACGAUUUUAUGGUAACUCAUUAGAAUCAGUCUCUUCUAAGCUCAUCAUAACUCAAGGUGCUAAGCCGAAGAAGGAUUGCAGUAAGUCCAAAAGCACAAAAACACGUGAGACCAAGGCUGACAUAAUUGCUAGAGAGAAUAAGAAGAGGUUAAUUGCCAAGGAAGAACAAAAAGAAGAGGAAAAAUGGAAUACCCUGUCAUCUUCUAUUGAGAAGGAGAUGAAAAGGAAUUUAAGUUCUGGAAUGAAGAAGUUGGAAGAGUUUUUGAAAUCAUGUAAAAGUAACUCAGUAAAAGUUCAGGCUGAAAAAGUUGGGUUAAUGGCUUGCUUGACAGCAUGGAAGAAGCACUGCCGAGCUGAAGGUGAAACAACAAAAGACUUUAGCAUAGCUGUCGAUAUGAUGAAGAGAAUUCACUCCUUGUUGGACAAACACUCUGAACUUCUGCAAGAAACAGAUCGGAAACUCAUAGCCAGAUGUCUUACGUGUUUAGGAUUUGAUGAACUAGCAAAUUCUUUGUAUCCAACUCAGGAUGAAGCAGAUGACAUAAAAAUGAAAAAAAGGAGUAAAUAUUCAGUUGGAAUUGGGCCAGCUAGGUUCCAACUACAAUAUAUGGGUCACCAUUUGAUAAGAGAAGAAAGAAAAGAUCCAGACCCCAGAGUCCAAGAUUUUGUUCCCGAUACAUGGCAGCGGGAGCUCCUGGAUGUAGUGGAUAACUAUGAGUCUGCAGUGAUUGUUGCCCCAACCUCCUCUGGCAAAACCUAUGCUUCCUACUACUGCAUGGAGAAGGUGCUGAAGGAGAGUGACGAAGGCGUGGUUGUGUAUGUUUCACCCACAAAGGCACUUGUUAAUCAAGUGGCAGCAACUGUGCAAAAUCGUUACACCAAAAUUCUGCCAGCUGGUCAAGUUGUGUGUGGCGUUUUCACUAGGGAUUAUCGUCAUGAUGCCCUGAACUGCCAGGUCCUUGUUACCGUGCCUGCCUGCUUUGAAAUUCUGCUACUAGCUCCUCAUCGCCAAAGCUGGGUGAAGAGGAUCAGAUACGUCAUAUUUGAUGAGGUACAUUGUCUUGGUGGAGAAAUUGGAGCAGAAAUCUGGGAGCAUCUCCUUGUGACAAUCCGAUGUCCAUUUUUGGCCCUUUCAGCUACCAUAAGCAACCCUCAGCAUCUUACUGAGUGGCUCCAGUCAGUAAAGAGGUACUGGAAACAAAUAGACAGUGCAAUGGGGAAAAAAACUUUUUCCAAAAGAAAUUCUGGUGCCCGUGGCAGCCACCAUGAAGACCAAGGACAAGCCAGACAGUCAUACAAAGUUAGACUUGUGAUCCACGGAGAGAGAUACAAUGACCUAGAGAAGCACAUAUGUUCUGUGAGACAGGGUGAAGUUUCCUUUGAUCAUUUUCACCCAUGUGCUGCACUAACCAUAGAUCACAUUGAAAAGUAUGGAUUCCCUUCUGACCUUGCCUUUUCACCUCGAGAAAGCAUCCAGCUAUAUGACACUAUGCUUCAGGUCUGGAAGAGUUGGCCCCAGGCCCAGAACCUGUGUCCAGAAAACUUCACUCAUUUAAAGAACAAAAUAGUCAUUAAAAAGUUGGAUGCUAGAAAAUAUGAGGACAGCUUAAAGGAAGAAUUCACAAACUGGAUUAAAAAUGGGAAUGAGGAGCAGGCCAGAAUGGUGCUGCAGAAGCUGAGUCCCAAUUUCCAUGACUACUCAGGAAGAAUGCUGGACUUCUUUCCACAUCUUGUUGAGAAGCUCAGGGAAAUGGAGAAGUUGCCUGCGCUGUUCUUUCUAUUUAAGUUAAAUUCUGUAGAAGGAUGUGCUGAGGAUGCUUGCAAUUUCCUAGAGGUGAAAGAGGAAAAGAAAAGGCCUCCCAAAGCUGAUAAGGAAGCUCAUGUCAUGGCUAACAGACUUCGAAAAGUUAAAAAAUCUUUGGAGAAACAACAAAAGAUAGGAGGCGAAAAGAGCCAAAAGCCUUCCAGAAGAUUGGAUCAAAACAUCAUGAGUGAAGCUGAACGUGAUUACCUCCUGAGGAGUCUGGAGAAGAAUAUGGAGAUUCCGCAGGACUGCACAUAUGCUGAUCAGAAAGCAAUAGAUGAUGAGUCAUUGCAGAUGGUGUUUAGUCGAGUAUACAACCAAAGAAAAGGUGACACACUGAAGCAAUUGGCAAGAAGGGGCAUUGGCUUUCAUCACAGCUCUAUGAGCGCCAAAGAAAAGCAGCUAGUGGAAAUCCUUUUUAGGAAAGGAUUCAUUAGGGUGGUGACAGCUACAGGAACACUCGCUUUAGGAGUCAACAUGCCUUGUAAAUCUGUGGUUUUUGCUCAAAACUCAGUCUAUCUGGAUUGCUUUAAAUUUCAGACAG